AUGGCCGGGUCAUCGAUUGCACCAGGAGCUGCGAACUCUGCACGGCUCGGCUCUCCCGAAGCCUCAAAGAGACGUUCAUCAGCACUCAGAACUAAGGGAAGAGCUACAAUCUCCAACCCAGCGUCGAUGGUCACGCUUACAACCGGCAGCGGUCACUCUAUCAAGAACUUUGUCGUCCACAAGAAUUUCGCAUGCCACUACUCGCCAGUCCUCAGAGCAGCCUUUGAUAGCAACUUUAUUGAAGGUCAAACUCAAGUUUAUCAUUUUCAGGACACUGAGGAAACAGUUGUCAUUCUUCUAGUGAAUUGGCUUUAUUCUCAGAGUUUGGUUGUAAAAUCUCUCAAAUCACGAAAAAGCAAUGACACCGACGACAUGAAAUUGUUUCGUCUUUGGGUCCUUGCUGACAGAUUGCUCAUACCCCGACUCCAAAACGCUGUCAUGAGCAAGCUAUACAAAAUGGAAGAAAUCUUCCUCGAGACUAUCGACAAGAACAAUUUGGGAUACAUCUACAAUAAUACUGCUAAAGGCGGUUCUCUUCGGCAGCUUGUGCUUCAACAAUUUGUUUUGCUUGACGAUCCCAUCAGGGUAUUCUCGAAGGGCACGGGUUUAUUUCCCAAGGAAAUGCUUAUUUGA